UUACAACACUACAAAUCUAUUACAUUUAUUGAGUUAAUGGAAUGGAUUUCAACCAUCUGAGUCGAAAUUGUACGUGAUAUGUCGCAAAGUGGCCCUCAAGUGAAGAAGAAGGACUUACAGAAAAUCUCUUCUGUAAUUCAGGAAUUCCAAGCUAAGAUUUUACAAGAUGUGGAUGCUGCCAAACUCCGAGAUGCUCUCAACCUCACUCUGCUGCAAAUGCAAACGUUUUGGAAGAUCCUGAAAAAGAAGCAAGACAGAGGAAAGCCAGACAAGUUCACGUGGCAGUGGUACGACCUGCGUAACCCGGAGUACAACAGACCACAGUAUUUAGCUAACAGUUUGUACGGGGCUGGAGUACAGAAAGAAAAGCUCACAGAACUCUUUGAGCUGCUGUCUGUGGGGGAUGGGGAGCGGUGCCAGAAGUAUAUCGAGAGUAAGAACUACAACGGUGAGGUAGAUUCCCUGGGCAGAGGACCACUACAUUACUGUGCUGGAGUAGCAGACUUGGAGCACUAUGUCAAGUUCUUUGCUAACAACGGUUGUGAUGUCAACCACCAAGCUCAUGACGGAAGUACAGCUCUCCACAGAGCUGUUAUUAACGAGAAUCCUAUUGUAACUGAUGAUUUGCUUAAUUUGAAGGCUGAUGCUAGUUUGCGUGAUAUUGAGGGACGUACCCCUGCCCACUGGGCAGUUCAUGCUCAAGACAGCGCUUGUUUGCAGCUUUUUGUAAAAUACAACGUGGAGACAAACAUUGCUGACAAUGAGUGUGACACUCCCAUAAUGUGGGCCGCUAAAUUGGGCAAUGCAACUGCUCUCAAAAUCCUUCUGUCUUCUCCCAUAGGACCUAAAUUAGCACUUACAACAGAUAGUAAAGGUCAAAGCUUGCUACAGAUUGGUGUUAAACACAUAGAUGUCGUGAAACUACUGCUCAAUUCAGAAACAGUGAAUCAGAACGACAAAUUUGAGCGGAAUAUUCUUCACCACGCGGCUCUGCAGGGUACACUAGAAGUUUGUAAAAUUAUUGAUGAGCAAUUCGAUCUGAAGUCCUUGAUUACACCAGAUUGUGAAGGCAAGACUCCAGUUCACCAUGCUGUGAACAACGCACACAGUGGAGUAACAAACUAUCUGCUGGAGCACGGUGGCAGCACUACGUCACCAGAUAACCAAGGUUUGACACCCCACAGUAUCGCUCAGAUCAAACAGCUUCAUUACUGUUCUAUAGUCAUCUCAGCUUAUCAUCAGAACGGUGAAUUAGAACAGAAACACUUUUCAAACCCAAGACCACAGACUCCCAAAAUGGGAGGCAAUGUGAAGUCUUCCUCAGUCGCAGCAAUCACAAACAAGAGACAGAGCAAUGUUUCCUUCAAACCAAGUGCUUCUCUCAACCAUCACCCGGCUGAUCGUAGGGUUAUCAUUCACAACAACAGUUCCUCACUGAGUAAGAGCAGUCCAGCUGCCAGACUGAGGAUCCAACCACCAGCUAACCUCUCCACUAUAACUCCUGGCUUGCUACGACACAAAGACAAAGAGCUGGAGCAGGUGUCACAGAAACCAUCACGUUUACGAGAACUGACGGACAUAAGGGACAAAAUAACUGGCCGUGCUGAACAGCCAGCUGUGUUUCCUCAACGUCCAGCUUCGUCACGAGGCAAGAGGAACAAACGGCCCUCCUCGCCUGUUCCUGUGGAGCCUCCCCAACAGGAGGGCCCUCCAAUACCAUGGAAACUAAACAUCAUCCCACCCCGCCCACCACCUCCCAGGGAGGAGGAGAAGAGCUUGACUAAUGGACAUUCCCACCACGAGAGAGAUGGUGUAGAGGAGAAGGAGAUGCCACCAGAGAGACCUGGAACAGCCAGGGGUAGCAACAUAGACCAACUCCCUUCUAACGAUAGCUUGAGUCGGGAGGAUUCGGGGGUCAUGCAGCUUUCAUCAACCAACCUUGCUGGAUAUGACGACCAACUAGACAUGAAGAUAUCGCCAAGAUACAGUAAAAUUGAAAACAUUCCUCUGAAGAAAGGAGAUCAAGUUGUGAUAGAACAAACCCUGGAGUUGAUCCACUCUGUGCCUGAUGGUAAUUCUCUUAGAGGUAACCCCCUUCUUGGACCCAUGCCAAGUUUACCGGGACGACAAUUACCUCCGGAUCCAAAUCCUUGGUACAAGAAAAAGCUUAACCCUGUGGCUCCAAACAGAAUGGACAUUUUGCAGCCUGAAAAUCCGAAUAAAAUUCAGGAUGACAAAUGAACUGUACAGUGUAAUAUGAACUGUUUUUCUUUCAGAUUCGUUUUGUAUGUCUCAUGAGGUCAUUGACCCAUUGGCAAUUUUAUUUAGAUAGGCAGUCAGAGCUAUUUGCUAUUUAAAUACUUCUUAAUGAUUUUUUAACGAACUUUUAUGCAAAUGCCAAUUCAAUAGAGCAGUAAAAAUUAGAUAGAUAAAAAUUUAAAACGACCCUUUCAAAAAUGUUCACUCACCAAAAAAUGACAAAUGUGAAAGUCGUUGCUUAAAUUAUUGUAGCUUUUAAAAUCUGUCGACAUUAGUGAUGUCUCGAAACCAAUGAAGCUUCGUUAUUUACUUAUUUAAACGUUAUAUUCUAUUCACAAGAAUGUAUUGUACAACAUAACAAGUAUGAUACUACGCAUUAAAUAUAUUGAAUUGUAUAAUAAUAUUAUAUAGCAUUGGGUUGCGCUCUAAUUUAUUUAUAAAAACACGUACAAAUUGUGAAUAGUUUGGUUUUAUAUGCUGAACGCUGGUUGCUGGCUUUACGCUUAAUUACUGUGUAUACGCUUUACCUGUAUGUAAUAUGUAAACGGUUGGUAUGCUUGUCGCAAAAAGAUUUGCAAGUACAAUAAAUUUAUGAGAUAUGUUAUGAAUGAAUAAUUAUUAUGCUAAUACCGUAGUCGGAGCAUGUGUUUUUAUUGAUCGGCCGAUAAAGUAGUAUUGAAAAAGUUUAACUCAGCUAGAUUCUGGCCUUUGUUCAAGAAUUUGAAUAGUUCCUCCAUUCUCCUAUUGAAAUGACUGCUCAAUUGCACUGAAAAGCUCAUAUUAUUAUGAUGCCGAAGUUUAAUUCUAGCGUCUAUAAAAAUAAUUUGUUAUGCUUGCAGCAGACAACAUUUUCUCAUGUUUACCAUCAAACUAGGGUAGGUUAUUAACAUUUUGUUACUACAUUUAAAAUAGCUGCUCCAACAAAAAGACACUUGUUUUGUAUCACUUGUCUUAGUGAGACUCAGAGAUUUUAUUUUGAUAAAAUGUACAUAACUUCCAUGAUUGUCAUACUCAGAUUUUCAGAUUUUAUCUUUCAGAAAUAGUUUAUUUAUGUAAUAUAUGACUCAUGUAAAUAAUGUACAUUUGAAUUC